CUCUCUCUCUCUCUCUCUCUCUCUCUCUCUCUCUCUCUCUCUCUCUCUCUGUCUCCCUCUCUCCCUCUCCCUCUCUCUCUCUCUCUUUCUCUGUCUCUCUGUCUCUCUCUCUCUCUCUGUCUCUCUGUCUCUCCCUCUCUCCCUCUCUCUCUCUCUCUCUCUCUUGUUAAUACCUGGUAUGUUCAUCUUAUCAGUUCUGUCAUGUAACUAAUUAUUAUUCUCGAUGUAUGAAUGUGACCUGACGUGGCAGAGUUCUGCAGAUGGAGUCACACAUUCAGCUCCAACACCAAAUAUAACAACCUUCAACUCACAGGAGGAAACAUGGGUUUGAGCUCAGCUUCAUGUGAAUUCAUUUAUUUUUCAAGAGUGAACUGGUUCAACACACACACAUACACUGUGUAUGUGUGUGUGUGUGUGUGCGCACACAGUCACACCCAGAGUCACGUGAUUUCCAGUAACUACCGAGCAGAGGGGGAGGAGCCCCCAGUGAAAGCGGAAGUGUUCAGACUGGUUCUGACUUCAAGGAGCAGCCGGAGGAGACGUGAAGUCUGAGGCUGACUGAAGAUGAGUGUUCAAGAGGAGGAAGAGGACAGAGCAGAGUCUCCAGGGUCCAGCUGUCUGUCUCUGAAGAGUGACCGGUCCAUGGGAGAACGUCCAAACUUCAGUAAUGAACCUGGACCCUCACAUACAAAAGGUCAGGACCACAGACUGAGAGCAGAGUCUCCAGGGUCCAGCUGUCUGUCUCUGAAGAGUGACUGGUCCAUGGAACCUCCUCUACUCUUCAGUAAUGAACCUGGACCCUCACACACAGAAGGUCAGGACCACAGACUGAGAGCAGAGUCUCCAGGGUCCAGCUGUCUGUCUCUGAAGAGUGACUGGUCCAUGAGACGUCCUCCAAACUUCAGUAAUGAACCUGGACCCUCACACACAGAGGAGAGGAAGAGGAGUCAUGUUUCUGAGGAGGAGCAGUCGUCCUGCUGUGCUUCGUGUCAGGACGUCCUGAAGGAUCCAGUCUCCACCAGCUGUGGACACUGGUUCUGCAGACAGUGCAUCACCUCAUACUGGGACCAGUCUGGUUCUUCAGGAGACUCCUCCUGUCCCCAGUGUGGACAAAGAUCCAGAACAGGAGCUGGAGGUCAGACAGCCGAUCGUGGUCUGCAGGAGGUUUCAGAUGAACAUAAGCUCAGUGUGAGGAGGAGAUGUGAACAUGUGACUGAAGGAAGUGAUGAAACAGGAAGUAGAACCCUCCUCAACAGGAUCUACAAUGAGCUCUACAUCAAAGAGGGACAGAGUGAAGAGGUUAAUACUCAACAUGAGGUGACUCAGCUUGAGACGGCUUCCAAGAAGAAGAUCCUCCAGGACACUCCCAUCAGGGUCCACGACAUCUUUAAAGCCUCCACUGACCAGCAGAGCAGCAUCAGAGUCGUCCUGACCAACGGAGUCGCUGGCGUUGGAAAAACCUUCUCGGUGCAGAAGUUCACUCUGGACUGGGCAGAGGGUUUAGAGAACCAGGAUGUGGGUCUGCUGGCUGUGCUUUCGUUCAGGGAGCUGAACCUGGUGAAGGACCAGCAGCACAGUCUUCUCACGCUGCUCCAUGUUUUCCAUCCAGCGUUACAGAAGCUCACUGCAGAGACGCUCGCUGUCUGUAAACCUUUGUUCAUCUUUGACGGCCUGGAUGAAAGCAGACCUUCUCUGGACUUCAACCACAGGGAGCUUGUGUCUGAGGUCACACAGAGGUCAUCAGUCAACGUGCUGCUGACAAACCUCAUCCGGGGGAAUCUGCUUCCCUCGGCUCUCGUCUGGAUAACCUCCAGACCUGCGGCGGCCAAUCAGAUCCCUCCUGCAUGUGUUGACAGGGUCACAGAAGUACGAGGCUUCACUGACGCCCAGAAGGAGGAGUACUUCAGGAGGAGGUUCAGUGAUGAAGAGCUGUGCAGCAGAAUCAUCUCACACAUCAAGACGUCCAGGAGCCUCCACAUCAUGUGUCAAAUCCCAGUCUUCUGCUGGAUCACUGCUACAGUUCUGGAGCACAUGUUGACCACAGACCAGAGAGGAGAGCUGCCCAAGACCCUGACUGACCUGUACUCACACUUCCUGCUGGUUCAGACAAAGAGGAAGAACAACAAGUACGGUGAGGGACAUGAGACGACUCCACAGCAGCUGACGGAGGCUGACAGGGACGUUCUCCUGAAGCUGGGGAGGCUGGCACUUAAACAUCUGGAGGAAGGAAACAUCAUGUUCUACCAAGAAGACCUGGAGCGGUGUGGUCUUAAUGUCACAGAGGCCUCGGUGUACUCAGGAGUUUGUACUGAGAUCUUCAGAAGAGAGUGUGUGAUCUUCCAGAAAUCAGUCUACUGCUUUGUUCAUCUGAGCGUUCAGGAGUUUCUGGCUGCAGUCUACAUGUUCCACUGUUACACCGAGAGGAACACAGAAGAACUCAAGAACUUCUUGGGAACAUAUGGGAACACAGACACCUUCUCCCUGGAUGACCUCCUGAAGAGAACCAUGGAGAAAUCCCUCACCAGUACAAAUGGUCAUCUGGACCUGUUUGUUCGCUUCCUUCACGGCCUCAGUCUGGAGUCCAACCAGAGAGUCUUAGGAGGCCUGCUGGGUCGGACAGGGAACAAUCCAGAGAUCAUCCAGAGAGUCAUCAACAACCUGAAGAAGAUGAAGAGUGGUAACAGUUCUCCUGACAGAAGCAUCAACAUCUUCCACUGUCUGACUGAGAUGAACGACCACUCAGUUCAUCAGCAGAUGAAACAGUUCCUGACGUCAGAGAACAGAUCAAAGGAGGAACUCUCUUUGAUCCACUGCUCAGCUCUGGCCUACAUGCUGCAGAUGUCAGAGGAGGUUCUGGAUGAGUUGGACCUGGAGAAGUUCAACACAUCAUACCAGGGUCGACGGAGACUGAUCCCAGCUGUGAGGAACUGCAGGAAGGCUGAACUCAGUGGUUGUGGACUCUCAGAGACUCACUGUGAAGUCGUGGCCUCAGCUCUGAAGUCAGACCCCUCACAUCUGAGAGAACUGGAUCUGACUGGAAACAAGCUGCAGGACUCAGGAGUGAAGCUGCUGUGUUCUGGACUGGAGAGUCCAAACUGUCGACUGGAGACUCUGAGGUUGUGGAGCUGCUUUCUGUCAGAGAUCAGCUGUUCUUCUCUGGCUUCAGCUCUGAGGUCAAACCCCUCUCAUCUGAGAGAACUGGAUCUGAGACACAACGACCUGCAGGACUCAGGAGUGAAGGAGCUGUGUGGUUUUCUACAGAGUCCAACCUGUCGACUGGAGACUCUGGGACUCAGUGGUUGUGAACUCUCAGAGACUCACUGUGAAGUCGUGGCCUCAGCUCUGAAGUCAGACCCCUCACAUCUGAGAGAACUGGAUCUGAGUGACAACAACAAGCUGCAGGUUUCAGGAGUGAAGCUGCUGUGUUCUGGACUGGAGAGUCCAAACUGUCGACUGGAGACUCUGAGGUUGGUGUACUGCAGACUGUCAGAGAUCAGCUGUUCUUCUCUGGCUUCAGCUCUGAGGUCAAACCCCUCUCAUCUGAGAGAACUGGAUCUGAGUGGAAACAACCUGCAGGCCUCAGGAGUGAAGGAGCUGUGUGGUUUUCUACAGAGUCCAACCUGUCGACUGGAGACUCUGAGGUUGGAGGGCUGCAGACUGUCAAAGAUCAGCUGUUCUUCUCUGGCUUCAGCUCUGAGGUCAAACCCCUCUCAUCUGAGAGAACUGGAUCUGAGUGACAACGACCUGAAGGACUCAGGAGUGAAGAAGCUGUGUGGUUUUCUACAGAGUCCAACCUGUCGACUGGAGACUCUGAGGUUGGAGAGCUGCAGACUGACAGAGAUCAGCUGUUCUUCUCUGGCUUCAGCUCUGAGGUCAAACCCCUCUCAUCUGAGAGAACUGGAUCUGAGUGGAAACAACCUGCAGGACUCAGGAGUGAAGGAGCUGUGUGGUUUUCUACAGAGUCCAACCUGUCGACUGGAGACUCUGAGGUUGUGGAGAUGCAGUCUGUCAGAGAUCAGCUGUUCUUCUCUGGCUUCAGCUCUGAGGUCAAACCCCUCUCAUCUGAGAGAACUGGAUCUGAGAGGACACUACCUGCAGGACUCAGGAGUGAAGGAGCUGUGUGGUUUUCUACAGAGUCCAACCUGUCGACUGGAGACUCUGAGGUUGAUGAGCUGCAGUCUGUCAGAGAUCAGCUGUUCUUCUCUGGCUUCAGCUCUGAGGUCAAACCCCUCUCAUCUGAGAGAACUGGAUCUGAGUAACAACAACCUGCAGGACUCAGGAGUGAAGGAGCUUCUUGAUCUACAGCAGAGUCCAACCUGUCGACUGGAGACUCUGAGGUUGAAGGGCUGCAGUCUGUCAGAGAUCAGCUGUUCUUCUCUGGCUUCAGCUCUGAGGUCAAACCCCUCUCAUCUGAGAGAACUGGAUCUGAGCUCCAACUACCUGCAGGACUCAGAAGUGAAGGAGCUUCUUGAUCUACAGCAGAGUCCAACCUGUCGACUGGAGACUCUGAGGUCAAGGACAGUGUGAAGAGGACAGUGUGAAGAGGACAGUGUGAAGAGGACAGUGUGAAGAGGACAGUGUGUGUGGACGGAGGCUGAGCUGUGUCCUGAGGAUCCAGAGGCUGAAGCAGCAGCAGCUUGUGUGUAGUCUCCAAUCUACACAACCCCUAAUCUGCAUGUGUUUGUGAGAUGAAGCCGGAGCACCUGGAGAAAACACGGGGAGAACAUGCAGACUCCACACAGGAAGACCCCAUCUGAACCGGAUUCAAACCAGCAACCUUCCUGCCCAGAUUGUGUUUAUUCACAUGAAGAAUGUGUUUAUUGAAAUGACACAACACAAGCAGAAUAUAUAAACCCUCUAUAAAGAGUCACAUACAGUGUGUUUAAGUUUGUCUUUAUUAUUGUCCACCUUUGUCCCUCAGUGUGUCUCCAUGUGUGUAGAACCACAUUCUGUGUAUAUGUUUGUUUAUGAUCUUAAAGUUCCUGGAUUCACGUCACAAAUUGAUUGAGUUCAACACAAAGUUCAACACAUUGAAAUCACUUUGAGUUUAAAAUCAGAGUUUUGUCUUUGACACAAAAGAUCAAAACUCUGGACUUAAAAAUGGGACGUUUUCAUUUCUGCAUCAGGUGCAGAGCGGUGGUGGCUUUUCUACUUUUGACCCACAGGUGGCGAUGCAGUAUAACAACAGCACAUCCCAGUCAAAGCCUUUAUAUUCAGUCUAUGAGUCAAACACAUGGAUCAUUUCCUCUGUGACAAACCAGAUGUAACAAGAAGAAAAACAUCUCAGAGAGAAAAGUUCUGUUUCUACUUGUCUCUGCUUUAAUGCUCAAUAAACAUCCUUCCACCGA